AUGGCCUUAUCUUCAAAUUGGCAGAAAUUACAAACUACAAAGAAAGUAGUCACAAAGACUAAGAAAGUUACUAAUGCCAAUAAGGUUUAUAAGCCCAAGGCUGCCAGGAAAGGUAGUAAGAUUAUGAAUAUGGUGUAUAAUAUAAAUAAUGAAAUUGCGAAGCAAAAAUUGAAUAAAGAAGAGGGGAAAGUGUUUGAGUUUAAAACUGCUCCAGAUACGAUCAUAUCAGAAACUAGUGAAGCUAUAACUCUUCAGGGUAAUAUAACUAGCAAUAAGGCGAAAGAAAUCGGGAAAUUCAUUGCUAUGGAUUGUGAAUUUGUAGGUGUGGGGCCGGAAGGUAAAGAAUCUGCUCUUGCAAGAAUAUCGAUCGUCAAUUUUUUUGGUCAUGUUAUUAUGGAUGAAUAUGUGAAACCAAGAGAAAAAGUUACAGACUGGAGAACAUGGGUUAGUGGUAUCAAAUCAGAACAUAUGAAAAAUGCUAUAUCGUUUAAAGAAGCUCAAAAGAAAACUGCAGAUAUUUUGAAGGGAAGAAUACUAGUGGGACACGCUGUAAAACAUGAUUUAGAGGCAUUACUAUUAUCCCAUCCUAAGAUAAUGAUUAGGGAUACCUCGAGACAUCUUCCGUAUAGACAAAAAUAUGCUAAGGGUAAGUCGCCAAGCUUAAAAAAAUUGACUAAGGAAGUGUUGAAAUUAGAGAUCCAAACAGGAGAACACUCCUCCGUACAGGAUGCUCAAGCCACAAUGCUUUUAUACAAGGUUUCCAAGAAAGAAUUUGAACAUCAUCAUAAAACUAUGUUUGGAUUUGAGUCUAGGUAA